AUGUCUCCAGUCGCGAGUGGAGUCAUGAGCUCUGUCGACAUCGAUGCGUCCGCGCAAGGCCCGCCGCUCAACAACAAGCGGAAGCGAGCGAGUAUGGAAACCAAGCCGUUGAACAAGGAGCGCUCCCACAUCGAAGGGGCCACUGCGAAAAGGCCUCCUAGAAACCACGACAGCGCGACCGAUCGCUCGAUCGCCCGACCAAGCAAGAGGCUGAAGACUACAGAUAGUUCCUCUGCCGGUGACGACAAAGUGGAAGCGCAAUUCGGUACACAGGCCGAGGCUACACACGAGGAAACGCCUCUGAUUGAGGAGUCCACGGAAGAAGAGCGGGGUGAUGCAGCGGGAGAAUCCAGCGAGCCUGAACACGCGGAUUCAGCAAAGCCUACCAAAGGUAAGGGAAAGGCAGUGGCACCGCCCAAGGCAAAGUCAAAGGCCACCGACAACUCAAGCGAUGAAGGUAAUGAAGAAGAAUAUCUUUCGGCGCCCAAGCCUACACAAGCAAAGACCCCGAAGAGGAAGAAGGCGCCGCGAAUUCCUCGUCCUGACGCCGAGGUCCAAGCCUUCCUGGACGGUGUCCCGAACGUUACAAACUGGACCAGCACAACUGGGAUCCACCCCGAUUACUGCAAGAUAAUCGAGUGGCUCGACAAAGACAAGCUGGAGAUGAAAGAGAUCAUUGCGUUGUAUCGACAGCUUCCGAAGCGGAUGAGCGAUGGCGACAACCCGGACAAGAACAUAUACAAGCACUAUGAGAAGUGGGCACCGAAGUUUUAUACGGAGAAGAACUUGGUUUUUGUGAGCAGAAUUGAUCGGAGGAAGUACUUGGCUGCUGAAAAGGCGGCAGGGCGAGUGGCUCCAAACCCGCCAAAGGUGAAAAGUUCCACGGCCAAGAGUGAAAACAAUGGUGGAAAGGGGAAGAAGGGUUCUGCUACAUUUCUGCCUGCGCAGUUUCAUAAAUCGCCCACUGGCGCUCAGGCAGAACAGCAGCUCACUGCCUCAACGAAUUCGCAGCCUCAACCAGCCGGAUUGCUCACCAGUAUGUCGCUAAACCAGCAGCUCGAGAAUCUUUUCACUCAGGUUCCACCACGUACACACCUGUCUGCUUCCAGAAACGAUGGAAACGGCAACACUAGCAACGUGAACCUCUUCCCUAAAAAGAAGAAGAAGAACCAAGCAAAUCCUAUCACCACUGCCGCAACUACCGCCGCUCAGGACAGCCGCUUGAACGGCCCAUCCGCCGAAGACGUCACCCGCUACUUCAUAAACCGCAGUAGUGCAGACGUGCUAUACUUCAAGCGCUCAGCCGGCGAUUCGAUGCUCGGACACCAAAGCCGCCCGGUCCUAGACCUCCAGUGCGCAAUGCAGUACUCUGAGUACCUCGCGGAAUGCGUGCAGAAUGAUCCGGAGCUACAGCUUGUCGAGUACAACGAUAGUAUCAAGGACGUUACUAUCGCUCGGUACGUCGCUUGUGUGGCGCCGUCACUGCGCAAGGAUUUACCGGCGUAUGACCUUUUCGAGGUGCGCAAGGGAGAACUACGCGCUACAGAGAUCCAGUGGAGCAUGCAGGAGCUCAAGGGACUGUAUGAAUUCGCUCGGGAGUUGCGUGCGUGGGACGUCGUCGACAUGGUCAUGGAUCGCAUGCACGCUGAACUCCACCGGCCUACGCCCCGCAUCCUCAAGAACGAAGACGGGCAUGGGAAGACGUUCGAAAUCUUGGAUUUCUCGCCAGCGUUCCUUGAACACCUUUCCAAGUGCGAUACUCAGGGUACUCACUUCUUCACCGACAUCUUGGUCAUGCAGGGCAAGGCUGGUUGGGACCACAUGUACAAGUAUGACAUGGACUUGUGGACUCCGGCGAUCAAGCAGAUGCUCAUCGGCAAGCUUCUCGAAGUCUCACUCGAUCCGAUGGUCUCAGUCUGGGACGCAGACUUCAUCUGCGCUGAAUACCAUCACCAUCACGUACACAACUGGGCAUGCUACAAAGAGCAAGACCCGGCUCCGCCUGUCGCCGAAGCCGCUUCAGACUCAGACUUCAACUUUGUAGCUGGAUACUGGCAGCGUGAAACCGAACUCAAGGCAAUUGCGCACCAAGAAGCACAAGUCCGAACCCUGCAGCUCAUCGCCCCAGGCCGCCCUCUUACAGAACCUGAGCAAAUCUCCCUUUCCACUGCUUCAUCCACCCUCAAAAAUCUAACCAACACUCGUCGCAAGGCAGACAAACUCCUCACCACAACCGAAGAUCGCAUGCCAUCCGCCUCCCUCACCUGCUUCCUUGAGCCCGAAUACAUCCACUACACGCCAGAAGACGAAUACGCCGCACCUACCGCCGCUCCGGAGCCCGAAGAACAGCCUGCUUUCCCCGGCGGCUUCGUUUAUCCCAAGAACCUGGGAAAUACGAAGAAGGACAACAAGAAACAGCAGAUUGGCAAGAUGGCGCUGGUUAAGCGGAAGUUGUUGGAUUUCAGGCACGCGGGGGUUGAUGUUGGGGAUAUUGGGGACAUUGGGAAUAUUAGGGAUAUGGAGAUGAGUGAUGAGGGCGAGGAAGGUGAGGGCGAUGGAAGUGGAGACGAGGAUGAGAGUAGUGGGGAUGAGGAAGAGUAG